GCGGGCGCGGGGCGGGGAGCGGCUGGGCUCCCGUUCGUGUCGGUCGCCGCCCCCGCCCUGCCCGCGCGGCGGCCGGCGCCUCCUUCCCGCGGGCGGCGCGGCGGGGCCAGGGGCGCGAGGCGGGGGGCGCCCGCCAUGUUCGCGGAGAUGAACCGGCGGACCCUGGCGUUCCGCGGCGGCGGUCUGGCGGCGGCGGCGGCAGCAGCGGCGGGCGGCGAGGCCUGGGAGCGGCAGGACCCCGAGGCGCUGAACGGGCGCGGGGCAGACGAGGAAGCGGAGCUGGAGGGGCUGGAGGCCGAGGAGCUGGAGGCCGCUGAGGAGAAGGAGCUGCUGCUCCCGCCGCGGGACGCCGCCUCGCCCCCCGCAGCCGGCCCCGCGUUCGCCGAGAGGAACCGCCGGACUCUGGCGUUUCGCGGCGGCGGGGGGCUGCUCGCUGCCGCUGGCAACAACAAUGGCUGCGAGGCGGCGGGCUGGCCGCGCAAGCCCUUCAACGGGCGGGGGGCGGACGAGGAGAUGGAGCUGGAGGGCGCCGAGAGCCUGGAGCCGCUGCUGGAGGGGAAGGAGCUGGUCCAGGACGGGGGGUCCCUGAGCGACAGCAGCGACGACGAGGAGGACGGCGAAGGGGGCAGCCUGGGCGACGGCAGCGGCGCCGAGGGCGGCAGCUGCAGCAGCAGCAGGCGGUCGGGGGGCGACGGCGGCGACGAGGCGGAGGGCAGCAGCGUGGGCGCGGGGGAGGGGGAGAGCGUCAGGCACUUCCCGCUGGCCCGGCCCAAGUCGCUGCUGCAGAAGCUGCACAUCUCCUUCCAGGGCUCCUGGCUGAAGGAGUUCCCAUGGCUCUACUACUGCCAGGAGACCGGCCUCAUGUCCUGCGCCUGGUGCACCGCCGCUGCGGCCGCCGCCGCCCCGCCCGAGCUCAUCAUCGCCGGCGGGGCCCUGCCCGGGGGGCACGACGAGCUCUGCAAGGGCACCCGCAACUACAAGCGCGCCCUGCUCCUGCGGCACCACCUCUCCGCCGAGCAUCGCCUCAACGAGCCCGUCAGCCCCGAGCAGGAGUCAGAGUUGCCGUCAGAACUGAAUAAUGAAGGAUACUGCGAUUUUAACAGCAGGCCAAAUGAGAACUCUUACUGCUAUCAGCUCCUGCAAGAGCUCAACGAGCAGAGGAAGAAAGGCAUUCUUUGUGAUGUUAAUAUUGUAGUGAGUGGGAGGGUCUUCAGAGCUCACAAGAACAUCCUGGUUGCAGGCAGCCGCUUCUUUAAGACACUCUAUUGCUUUACAAACAAAGAAAGCCGUAACCAAACCACUGUUACCUAUUUAGAUGUUGUUGCUGUUCAAGGUUUUUCUGUCAUCUUGGACUUUUUAUAUUCUGGUAACCUCGUGCUUACGAGCCAAAAUGCCAUUGAAGUAAUGUCAGUGGCCAGCUACCUUCAGAUGACGGAGGUUGUCCAGUCCUGCCGCAACUUCAUUAAAGAUGCCUUAAACAUAAGUAUAAAAUCAGAGGCUCCAGAGACCGUUGUCGUGGAUUACAACAGAAGAUCUGUUAGUAGGGAUGGCUUGUCUCCAAGGGAUCAGAAAGUUGCCAGCUUCUGGGCAACGCGAAACCUUACCAACCUGGCAAGUAGCAUAAAAACUGAGAAUGAUGGUUACUCUAUUGAUGAGGGCCAAAUGGAAAGCUACCAAAUGAACGACUGCAGUUGGGUACAGGACAGCUCACCUGAAAUGGCUGAAAAUGAAUCUCAAGGUGAGGGGAAAGUUUUUGUAUGGAAUGACAUGGGCGGACAGGGACAAUCAGUUCAAGAACCUGGAAAAGCAAGAAGGAAAAACCAAACUGCAAAGCGAUUUAUUUAUAAUAUACCACCUAAUACUGAAGAGAACUCGGAAGAUUGCUCGGUGUUGCAACCAUCAGUCCCAUAUCCAGAAGAAGAUUUGUCAUUUAUUAAAGAAGAAGCAGGUACUUCAAGUGACUUCAAGUAUGGACUGCUGCCGGGUCCUUCAAAUGACUUCAAGUAUGGGCUGCUACCGGGUCCUUCAAGUGACUUUAAGUACGGACUGCUGCCGGGUCCUUCAAGUGACUUCAAGUACGGACUGCUGCCAGAAUCUUGGCCAAAAGAUGCUUGGGAAAAUGGCGAUUCCUCUGCUUUAAUCAUGAACAAGUUGAAGUGUCCACACUGUAAUUAUGUAGCCAAAUACAGAAGAACACUAAAGAGACACUUGCUCAUUCAUACAGGCGUGAGAUCUUUCAGUUGUGACAUCUGUGGGAAGCUGUUUACUCGAAGAGAGCAUGUAAAGAGACAUUCCUUGGUGCAUAAAAAGGAUAAAAAAUACAAAUGUAUGGUGUGUAAGAAGAUCUUCAUGCUAGCAGCCAGCGUUGGAAUAAGACAUGGAUCACGACGUUACGGAGUUUGUGUAGACUGUGCAGAUAAAUCUCAACCUGGAGGGCAAGAGGGAGCAGACCAAGUGCAGGACACAGACUUCCCUAGGGAUGAAGAAUAUGAGGAAAAUGAAGUGGGAGAAGGUGAUGAGGAGCUUGGUGAUGAUGUAGAAGAACAGAAUGACCAGUCUCGAUGGGAUGAAUCUGGGGAAGUUUGUAUGCCUUUGGAUGACUGACAGAGCAUAUGACUUCAGGGUGCUGCAUCUGAACACUAUAUGGAUUGACUAUUUGAAUUUUUGGACUGAAGGCUUGCAAAAUAUGGUACAGGCUGGAUGGUAGUUACAUUGCUGUGAAAAAUGUAGGGUCAAAGCCUUAUAGCAAAAAAGGAUUAUUAAUUUUUUUAUGAUAUUUGCACAGGACUGUACAGCAUACAACCAUUUGGUUGAAUUAUACAGAGUCCUCACAUCUACAGUCAGUUAUCAAAUGAAAAAUGUAUUUUUUAUUAUUUAUAGGAUAUAGCUACUUGGGUCCUAUUCAGACAUAGUAGUAACUGUACUUGUUACACAUUCAUGUAUCUGUUAACAUGAAUGAAGAAAAUUGCAACUUGGUAUGGAAGUAGAGCGUUCUGAAAUCCACUUGUACUUUGUCAGUGAACCAGUGAAGCUAAUUUGGGCUAGUGGCUCUUCUUUCCACAAGCAUGUCUUUGCCAUACAAACCUUACCUCUCUCAUACCCUGACAGGUGAAAGCCAAUCAUUUAAAUAUGCAUCACAGAUAAUGCCAACGCCAUACUGAAAUUUGGUUUAAAAUUUUUGACUCUAUGCUGGCAGAUGGUGUAGGUAAUAGGCACUGGAGAAGUUAAUAAUGGCAUUAAUUUAGUGUCUGUUCUUCACAGUUAUGAAUUUUCAAGGGGGUUGUUACUGAAUCAUCAGUUCGAAAAUGAUCCUUCAGAAGAAAUGGCCAAUAGUGAAAACAAUAGACUGAUCAGAGCCUGGGUAACUUCUGCCACUUAGUCAAAAGAGAUAGUCGUGCUGAAAGCUAUCCAAUGUAGUAAUGUUUUGUCCCUUCUCUUAGGCCCCCUCCUCUCAAACUUUUUUUACUUCCCCAAUACCUCAGUCCCACAGAAUGAAAAUACAAGGAAUGGAGAAAGUGUCAUAUUAAACAACUCUUUGGUUGAUAAUUUCUUACUUGUCUGGUCUUUGGCUAGUUUGUGAUGUGAAUUGGUUACUAGGCUAUUGUGCCCAUCGUUUGUCAUUAAACUGAACACACUAUUUUUUAUUCUUUUGUACUUAAUGGGUGGUUGCUAGUGUUUAAUAUAAACCAAUUACAUUUAACGUGACUUAAUUUGCUGGAUUUUUUUUUUAAUAGUAAAACAAAAAGUCCAAAGCAAAGCAAUGUUCUUUGAAUUGUCUGCUUUUCAGGAUGAUGUGCUCCUUACACUCUUCAUUUCAAACUUUCUAGGAGGCAUUGAAGCUUGAAUUUUUGUAGCCAUGUGGAUUUUUUUUCCUAAGCUUGUCAUAUGAUUUCAGGUCUCUGAAGGGAAGAGGGCAUCACACACUCUAUCCUAAACUCCUCUAUCUAGCCUAAGGCAAGUCAAUUCAGGCAGUCAUUGGAACAAUAAAUCUGAUGUACUAUUAUGUCACAAGAAGUAAGUAUGCAGAGCAUUUACAUGACACAUAGCUAGGCCAGUGUAACAGUACUGUAUAAAAAAAGUGGACAGUCACCAUAUUUUUCAGCUUUUGUUUAAUUUUAAAAUGAGUAUAUUUUUUCCUAUUUUAUAUCAGAGAACUAAAUUAUGGUAGUUGUGUGGAUAACUUUGAACUAUGCUUUGAAGGACAGAAUCUUAACGGUGCUCCAUCUGAUCUAAGUUGGUAUGUAUUUAAAGAGACAAGCUUUACUGUCACCCUUUACAUCAGUAGAACAGUAACAUAAUGUUAAGACAUUGUUUUUGCUGAUUGAAGCUGAGAUAAAUUUGAACUACAGUUAUAUGGGAAUUAAAAUGCUUUUUUUAUAUCAUCCACUUGUUUCAUUGGUAGUUCCACAUCAUUGUAAACCUGGCAGACGAUUAGGGGUUUUUUUUGGGAGGGCGGGGUGAGUGGGUUGCCUUUUUUUACACUGAAGAAUACAUCCUAUUCUCAUUGUUCUAGACUGAAAUGAGUAAUGUGUAAUUCUGGUGGGGUCCAAAGUAGAAAUUAGUUGGGCAAAGAUGAUAUGAAUGAAAAAGUAUUUUAAACGUUAAAGUAAUGUUCUGCUUUGUGAAUAUGUAAGUAUAGCAUAAAGACUUUUUCCAUACCAUUUAUCCCCUUUAAAAACAUAGUUUACAAUUGGUAGAUCUGUCUAUAUAUAUAAAUAUAUAUAUAUAUAUCUGAAAUUCACCUAAAUCUGCUUUAUUAGAAUACUGCUCACUUAAUGCUUAGAAACUGGACCUGGCUCUACAUUCUUAAUGUAUUUUCCUCUUUUUUUGUUUUGUUUUGUUUUUCUUUCUUCAAGGUAUGAACUUAUUCUCUUGGAACUGAAUCUUCUUUUGCUACUUAAAUCAUUUAUGUAUAUCUGGUAAAUUAUGACCAAAUUUGUUGUUAGACUGCAUACAGUAAAUUGAAAUAUACACUUGGUACACUACAGAAUUGUUGUGCUUUUGUUCUGGUUAUAUUUGGAAAAGCAGGCUUCAAUAGAAAUUACUGAUACAAGUAUUCAGUUAUUUUUCACUGGCCUUAAUGUGCUGUUGCAUUGUGACAAUCGCUAUUUUCCUUGGUAAUACUUCAGCUUCUUGCUUGUAGAAGUUGCGUGUGAUUGCCCUGGUAGGAUUGGAGGUGUAGAGAUGACUACAGAGAUGUGAUUCUAGCUCUUUAGUAAACUUUAGUUUAGUGUCGAUCCACUGUUGCAUUGGAGAACCAGAAGAAUUUGUUUGGAUGCUCUCUGCAGUCCAGAUUUUGAACUGCUUAUUCAGAAGUUAUUUAACAUAUAUUACUGUGAUUGAGGCGCUCUAAAGUAAUAAAAGUAAACUUCCUCAGAAUUAAAAACGACAGCUCAAGUUUCCUUAAUAUUAUAAAAAGUAGGAGGAGAUUUCUUUUUGCACUAGAAAUCAUUUUCCCUUUAAGAAGUGCUGGAGCUAUGCAGUAGUAACACUGUCUAGUUUGGGGUUUUUUUUGAUUUUGAGUUUUUUUCCCUAUUAUUAACAGAAUAAAGACUAAUGCCCUCACACUGUCUUCCUUAUGAAAUCAUUGAAUCAUUAGGUUGGAAAAGACCUUUGAGAUAAUCAGCUCCAACCAUACCUGUCCACUACUAAAUCAUGUCCCCAGGCACCUCAUCUACCUGCCUUUGAAACAUCUCCAGGGAUGUUGACUCAACCACCUCCAUGGGCAGUGUCGUCCAGUGUUCCUUUCUGUGAAGAAGUUUUUCGUAAUGUCCAAUCUAGUCUUCCCCUGACGCAGCUUAAGGCCGUUGCCUCUCAUCCUAUCACUUGGGAGAAGAGACACCCACCUCUACAACUUCCUUUUGGGAAGAUGUAGACAGUGAUAAGGUCUCCCCUCAGCCUCCUUUUCUCUAGGCUAAACAACUCUAGUUCCCUCAGCCUCUCCUGGUAAGACUUUUUCUCCAGCCCCUUCAUCAGCUUCAUUGCUGUUCUUUGGACACGCUCCAGGACUUCAAUGACUUUUUUUAUAGUGAGGGACCCAAAACUGAACCAUGGUAUUUGAGGUGUGGCCUCAAAAUAAAAAGGUAUUUGGUCUUUCAUUUUGUCUUCUGAUUAAACACUUCUCAAACCAAAUGUCUGAGACUUCCCUGUUUGGGGCAAUGCCAUGUAAGGAGUUUUAUGAAAAGAGUUGCGUUUUAAGACCAGACAAACGGAGUUGUGAUAUUGGGAUUCCCCCCUUUCUAUGGGUCUUCUUGUGUUCUGGUAUCUUCAAGCAGUGGCUGUUAUCUUUUAGAAAUAAAAAUACAGAGCCCUUUCUGUCAGGGAGCUGUGGUGCAGGACAGAAAAUUUAAAUCAAUAACUAAAUUCUUUGAUUAGAAAUUCCUGUUGAAGUAGGUAUGAAGCAAAGAACGCAGGCAAUGCAAAGUGUGUUGUCUUAAGCCAAUGUUACUACAAUGCAAUAGCAAGCAUUUUUUGUUUGUGAUGUCGGAUGCAUCUUGCAAGAAAAAUGGUAUUUUUUCAUUUUCAAUUGCGUAGAAAGUGUUCACAGUUGAGUUUUCAAACAGAUCUUUUAAGAUGAAUCACUUUCUGAAGUGAAACCAGUUUUGAAAGCCAGUACUGCUACUUGUUUGUCCACACAACAUUGCACUCUUAAGAAGUGUGAGUUGAAGUUACUGGCCCCUACAGUAUAUGCAGUUAUAUUUUGAGACAUGCAUACUUCUGCAAAUGCACAGUUUUUGGGUAUUACUACAUGCCCCUCUUCCUUCUGAAGAGCAUGUUACCAGGUGAAAAAAAAGUCUGGGACCAGGGCAGUGGCAUGUGGUAGGCUUCUAGUUGUAGGUCACAGCAGUAAUGCUGUUAGUGGGAGAUGCUUUCUUUGCCUAGCUUUAAGUUGGUAAGGCUUUUAAUAGGAUUUUCUUUAAUGAGGCCAAUCUCUGUGGCUGGUUGCUUUCAGUUUUGUUUUGCUUGACUUUUUCUGCUCUUGCCACUCGGUAACACAAGUCUCCCACCCAUUCUAAAAUAUUUCCAUAGUCGGCUGACUCCAUGGAGAUGCAGAAUUUCAGUCUGCUAGAACUGUACCUUAUUGGCUGUUCCUUUGUACCGAGUUUCACUUAAAUGGCUUUGGAAACUGAUAACAGAAAUGAAAGCAAGAUAAUCUACACCACCAGCCUAAAAAACGUGUGCCAAAAGAAAGUGAAAAAGGAGAAGAACGUUGAAUGCAACGUAGUAAGAAAAAGGCUUUUGGAUUGGAGUUGUUGCAGCUGCUCUGGUUUGCUACUUGAAUCUUUCAGACAAUUUGCUGUUUUUCUCUAGUACAAUUUGGUGGUGACCUUCUGAUGAAGAAGCUAUGCAAGAAGCCCAGUUUUGAGUUUAUUUGGUGUUUUCAGGCUGUGGCUGUGGCUCAGGCUCUGCAGAGGGAUUACCACUGAAUAGUUUUCUGUAGAUAUUGUACCAUAUACCCUUCUGUUAGUAUCCCUCUUCACUGUGUAACCUAUUACUUGCUUUUUUAAUUUGAUAAGUGUUUGCUCCUUAGAAUUGAGGUUUACCUUUUAUAUGUUUUCAAAGCACAUAACCAUGUUUCACUAAACAGUAUGGUAAAGGUUAAAUAUUGACAUAAUGGACAAAAAGAAACAAGCUGGGCUUUAUAUAGUGUCCUUUAACGAACCUGUAAUAAAAAGUCUUUUGUAAUAAAGUACAGGUUUGAAUCCAGGGGCAGGGGCAUUGCCGAGCUGAGCCCUUUGAGAUGUUGAAGAUCCCACAUACAAUUCACUGUGGGUUUUUAAAAUACUUCUAUGGGAGAAAAAAAGAAAAAGUAAAAAUAUACUAAAUAUACUGUGACUUAAACUGGAAAAUAAAAUUGGCUUUAAAUGUACUUUGUAUUUAACAUUAUUUCAAUUUGAAGGAAGUGUUUAAAAUAAGUUAUGCAUAAUGUUUUGCCUACCUGAAUUGAUCUCGAUUAGCCACUUCAAAAUACAGACACGAGUGAUUUCUCACUAACAUAUUGGUAUGUAAACAUAGUUUCAAGUCUUAUGGUAGUGUGUGCACCAGUCUUUUGAGUUACCAUACUGCAAAUAAAUUUUAAAAUUUAACUAUUCUAUCUAUUUUUAUCUGUGCCCUGCCUCCUCACCCUCUACAAGCAGAUGUGGAAAGAUUUCUUUGGGUGGAUAAGUGUUAACAUAUGGUCAUUUGCUGCAAAUUAAUUAAUUUCUGCUUCUGGCGUAAAAUAGAAUUUAGAGAAAAUAGAAUUUAUUUUAAGGUUGCAUUUUAAACUUCACAUACGAUAAGGCAGAUUGCUCUAAGAUAACUGGUUUCCAAAAACCAGCAUCCCAGACAUGAUGGGUAUAUCUAAGAUUGGAUUUUAGACAAACUUCAACACAGCAUUGAAGAGAUGGGGAUGCUUCAGACACAGUCUAAGGCAUACCAGAAGGGCUGGAUCCUUGCAGAAAUGCAAUUGUACUGUGUGUGCCCAAAACCUUUGCUGUUGUGUUUUGUUCCCUCUCUCCAGCCCAACCUACCUGAGAUGCUUGGAAAAAGUGAUUUCACCUGGGUUACUCAAAAAGCUUCCUGACUGAGAGAUGCUGAAUGUGUGUUUGAGCUGAUCCUUUAGCUUCUGUUGCCUCCUUAAAUAAGUGUUAUUUUUGGUAGGUUAGGCACACAUGGGUUCCGUCAGUUAAGAAAUGAUCAGACCUGUCAGUUCUUUCAAGGAUUUGAAAACUUCAAGAUUUUGUUUGCCUUCUAGAGAAAUUUUUAGGUUCGGUGUCCUGGCUAGAUAAGGCAGCUUAUAGGUGUUGAUUCGGAUGAUGCAGUCUUCUGAAGACCAAAGCCUUUCUCUGAUCAGCUUUCCUUAUGAGGCAGCUCUGCACAGUUUACAGUUUUAUCUGAUACACAGUAAUGCGUGUAAGAAAAGUGUCUUGUGGGGGGAGAGUAGCUGGUUUUGAGAGGAUCUGGAAGACCAACUUGUAGGCCGCUGGACAAACCUGUAUUACUUUUAAAAUCACAUAAAUGGUGUUUCUCAGGGAAAUCUUUAAAGGCCUGAAUAUAUUUUUAGACUUGUGAAUUAAAUGCUAUGUAGCUACAUGAUACUUUUUUUGUUAUAUUUAUGUAAACUAUUAUGUUUUGUCGAAGUAUGCGAGGAAAAGAGCUUCAGAUUCUACAGGAGAGCAUUAACUUUGUAGCCAGAAAGGAGCAGCAAAAGAAUAAAUGUUUGUUAGAAUUCAGCAAAUUCAGUCUAAUUAGAUAAGAAUUAACAUUGGGAAGGCAAGCAGUUGUAGAAGACUUGCAAGUUUGUAACAGGGUCAUGAAAAAAGCCAGUAUUGACUGAAAAUGGUCUGUAGCAGCUUUCUAUUGGACUUGAAGUCUAGCUGCAUUUAUCAAAGACAGGAAAAGAUGCUUAUCUUAGCAGCAUAGUUGAGAUGAUGCUGCUGUAAAACCCUUAACUCUUGAAAUGCCGGCCUUUAAAGAAUAGGUCUAACAUGAAACUUAUAAGCAGUCAACCUCUUUUUAGCCCUUUAACUUAAAAACACAGGAUUACCUUUUAAGAGAGGCUAAACUUGUGCUGAGAAACAGCCCAACUUCUUUUUAAAUAAAAUAAAGGGGCUUGAGCACAUAAGCGAUAUCACCUUUAUGCCUUUAUUUCCAAAAUUCAUACAGUAGAAGCACAGUGCUAGUUCAGUUCAUUCAAAGAGUUUUAGUGAUACUGAAUGCCAAAGCUGUCAGCUUGAUAGGAAACUGUAGCUGCAUGCUGUUCCUUUUAACUCGUAAAUGCCUAUGAGCUUGGAAAGGUUGCUUUUAUCAGUCAGUGUUUGCUGCGUUCUCCCAGGAUACUGUCUCCCUAGGUUACAUUUUGUUUAAAGAAGCCUUAAGUUCUGUUUCCUGGGUGAAGACUGAAAACAUUAUCAGUGAAGAAAUGCUAUGAAAGAAAUCCUACUUGGGAAUGCUUUCCUUGUGUUUCUCAUAUUGAAAUAUGAGAUUGAAAUUUGAAAUACUGCUUUAACUGAAAAAUCCUUAAAUUACUUAAAGUAACUGUUAUUCUUAAAGAAUAAACUGUUAAAAGCACCUGCAUGUGCUUUUCAAAUAUUGUCAUACCAUCUUUCUGCAAGUUCUCUGUAUCCAUUUGAAAAAUCACACUACUGAGGUUGUAGGAUACCAUACUAAUGUGUCUCUGUUUUGUCUUCUUUCUCAGAAAUCAAGGCAAUUGGAAAAGGCUGAGGGAGUGGAAAGGUUUAUCUUUAACUUCUGAGUAACUGGAGUUUAGGAAGAUGCUUGUUUUUAAACCUCCCUGAGACUUAAUAUACUGAGAGUUUUUAAACUGCAUGGAAUGUAUACCGUUGCUCUAGAUAAGCUUAGGAAAAUCACCAUUGUGUGUGUUUGUUUGGGUUUUAUUUGCGAAACUACAGGAGUUGCAAUCUCAGUCAUCUUUACCUGUGCUCCUCUCAUGUAAUUUACAACUUUAGAGGGUCUACUCUCUUUCUGGAAAUGGCAAGAUACGAAUAUACAGUGUUCCCAAAGAACUCAGUAGCCAUUUAUAUUGAAAGGUAUUAUUCUGCCCUAUAUUCCUCCUGUAAUGAUUGAUGCUUUUUAAUGUCUGGAAGAUGUGGAAGGGGGCAUGGCAUCUUCUGUAUGUGUAGGGAACACAACUGUUUAUCUGUCAUAUCUAUUGCCCUUGGAAUCCUCUGAAGCAUUUUAGUUUUGAAAGCUGAAUAGCAGUCCAAAGAGACCGCCAGUCAGUCUGAACUGGUGUGGUAACUGUUGCUUGUACACCAUCUAAGUUAAUAAAAGGAUGAUCUCGCUAUAGUGCCGCACAAGUCUUAGCUGUACUUGUCAGUAUUUGCACUGCUUUAGUAACGUAGCUGUCGAAGUGGCAGUUGCCUGAUGGCAACGUUUGACAGGGCUUUUAAAAAGCCCUUUUGUUGUCCAUUUGUGCGGUGGCCUCCUGGGUAUUCUCAGGGAGGUUUUUUCACCCGUGUAUGCCUCUCCGCAGUUACAUCCUUGUCUCUUUUUGCUGCGAUGCCUCUUAACGCUCUCUUGAAGUACUGAGGAAAAGGCUAUUCAAGAGCCUAAGCACUGGAGUACCUGUGUAAAUCUGGUGUUUAAUGAGAAUUAUUGGAAGUUCCUCCUCCUCCUCUUUGAUGUAAGUUUAGAAAAGAAUCUAAAGCUAAAUGUGGUUUUAAGUUACCACAUCAAAUGAUUUAACUUCAGAGUGCAUUCAUUGUGAUGGAUGGUGACUCAUUUCUUUAUCAUCUCAGGAUAAAAUCUCAAACAACUUCUCUCUAAGAAACACUUGUGCCUGUUUAUCUUGCACCAAAUACUUUCUGUGUACAGGCUGGAAUGCUUCAGUUGAGCUCGGUUACUAUCGUUUCUCUGCCUCUGUUGGCUGACUCCGAAGUGAUUCUCUAGAUCCACAAGUUGACUUCCUUGCCAGAGACAGAAAAACUCUGGGAAGGAGUUUUGUAGGGAGAACCCCAGUGGGGUUAGGGAGAAGUUGGGUCUGCUUAGCAUGAGCUGAUAAUUGCAAAACACGCUUGAUUUUACUCAAUGAAAUCAUCAUUAAGAAUUAAAUAAUGGAAAAAGAAUCAUGCAAUUACUUAACAUAAGGCUCUUCUACUGGGCGAGGUGGGUUUUCCUGUGACACUGCCUUGCUUUUGCUGAUGUUAAUGAAGGUGAUUGGCUUUCCCCACACCUUCUGAAAGUACAACAGUUAUAGUAAAUGCUGAAGGUAUAUACACCAUGGACAUGGGCCAAAAACCUGACUGUAAAUUGCCCACAAAUUUGGUGUCUCCUGAAGAUUGCUAACAUGCUAGAAAACUUAAUAAUUUGUGAGCAAAUAAACAAUAGCUUUUAAUUGUGGAUAUGAUGCCACUCUUGUAAAACGUUUUAAGUGAAGUAUCUUAAAAUGUAGGAGAUUUUUUUAAUGUAAUGAUAUUUGGAGCUAUAUUGCACUAAUGUAAAUUGCUGCAAGUCGUUUGUAUUUCUGCAACUUGAUAUCAGGCUUUCAAAAGCAACAUGUUUAAUAUCAACAAGUAACCACCUGAUUGCUGGACAUAGAGCCUGCCAGUCAGUUCUGUAAUGAAGAAUGGCAGGAAACAAUGGAAAAUAUCAUAGGAGAUGGAACCCUCGGUUUUGGCACAGCAGGGAGGAGGACCCCUGCUUUUAAGAGUUCCUUUCACAGUAAAACUGCGUGGAAUUAGAUUUAUGUACUUUGGAAGGCGGAAGAACUGAGUCAGCCCUGUAGGAAUUUGAACUUUUGUGCUAGGGCGCAUGGAUAUUUCAAGUCUGAGCUUACACCGCAUCCCUUCUAACAGUCCAUAAGGACUUUGUUAGUACCUUACAGGAUUAAGUCUGCAACCUGUUGUUGGGAUGUGA